AACAAACAAGCAUUUUCGAGAACUUAAGAGCACGAUCGACCGCGCCAUUCCACAGGCGGUUAUCCCACAGGUGCGGAAUCACCACCAUAGGGGGUCAGGUUCGAAACGCCUUCCAGGAACUGCCGAGCGAUGGAGCACGGGUGGCAUCUUUGUUUUUGUGGAAUAAUAAACGGAUCGGGGCCAAUUAAUCGCGACCACUGAUCGUCGCGUAAUUAUUUUGAGGCAACAUAUCGAUCAGCGAUCUCGGCAACGAUAGCGAAAUUCUCCCUCAGCUUUCUCGGAAGCGCUCGCUGCUGGUUAUCCGGAAAAGUGCGGAACUUCCCUCGCUCUCCAGCAGCAACGACUCGGGAGCAGAGGAGAGAUACCUCGCGGUCUUUCGCUUGUUUGCGAUCUGACGGAUUAAUUCCUCCAAAUGAAACAUAAUCUCAAAAUCGUGAUCGGCCGCCAAGCUAGUAAGAAGAGAGAAUAAGCCCCGCCACCCUUUUACGUUACAACGCUCUGCUCUGCAUUCUCUUGCCUAGUAUGCCCGGUGUAAUAUCGGCGUUAAUCAUUAGCAUCUACAGUCGGUUUCUCGGGUAGUUUGUACAGUUGGGUCUAAUUUGGGAGCCUGUGGAUUACUCGCAGUAAAAGUUAUUUAAUGAGGAAUACAGCUACUUAAACAGCUGGUAUAGAUUGCUACGAAGAAUAUAAUAGAAAAUAUGCUGCGGAAAGCCAAGAACUUCAUUGCCACGGUUGCUGGAAAAUGGAGGCGGUUCCUGCCUGGCCGAUCAAGGCGGAAAUUUCAAGAACAAAAUAAGACUGAAAGCUGUACGCAAAAAGAGUCAGAGAAUUCCACUUUCAUCACGAAUAUCAGCGCAAUAGAAAGUGCAUUGACCAGCAGUCAACCAGAGGCGAAACAGCUGCAAAAAGACGAGUUCAUCAAGAGUACGAAAACCAAAGAGCCCGUCCACGAUAACGGUUAUAUAGAAGAAGACGUUACAAUGCCAAGCGUAGAAGUUAUAAACUGCCCGAAAGGAAUCAUGCGAGAUCUUGCCGAACCUUACUUUGAUGUUUGGAGACUUGACCGUGACUCGAUGAUCGACCAUAUCGAAUACAUGUACCACGACCUUGGGGUAGUGCGCGCGUGGAAAAUCCCGCGUUCAACUCUUCGUAUGUUUCUUCUUGGUGUGCGAGAACGAUACCAAGACAACCCCUACCACAACUUUAAACACUGCUUCUGCGUCACCCAGAUGGCCUACAGCAUAAUAUGCAAGCUACGCCUCAGAAACAAAGUAUCUGUCGAUCACUUGGGGGCGCUAUUGACCGCCGCUGUAUGUCACGAUGUGGAUCACCCAGGCCUGAACAAUUCAUACCACUGCCAUGCCCGCACACCACUCGCAAUUCUCUACAAUUACAAAAGCAUUCUAGAACAGCACCACUUUGCGGUUGCUUGCCGCAUUCUCUCCAACAAAGAACGAAACAUCUUCCGCAACGUUAACAACCGGGACGAAGUGCUGACGAACGUGGGCGACCUCAUUCUCGCUACCGACCUGGCCCGCCAUAAAGAUGUAAUGGAAACAUACCGUUGCAACAUAGACACGGGUUUCGACUUUAAAAACAACUCUCAUGUGCUCAGUCUUUUGAAAAUUAUCAUCAAAUGUGCCGAUGUAUCCAAUGAAGUUCGACCGGAGACAGUCGCUUCGCCAUGGGUAGACCGGUUAUUUGCCGAAUACUCCGAACAAAGCGCUCGGGAAAAGAGAGAGCGUCUUCCCGUCACUACAUACAUGGACCCAGACCUGGUCAAUGUCCCUGAAUCACAGGAAGGCUUCAUCCGUGGUAUAAUGCUACCAAUGUACGACGAACUAUGCCGGUUGGCUACCGAUGCAAGAGUCUACUUUGUCAGCCCACUUCACGAAGCUCUGCUGCGCUACGAAAUUCAGAACAUGCGAGAACGUGGUGUGUGAAGUAGCAACAAACCGGCUCCCAGGCCUUGUAUACGGAGUACGGGGCACUGCGCCCCUGGUCAGUAGACGUCGAACUGUAGUGUUAUACCCAACAGCUAUCGGGCCGAGCUGUCUGUCCCAGCAACGCGAUACUACUAUGCAGAAGAUAUGGAAGUUGGCAAACAGGUCAAUCAGUUUCGUAAAGAAGCUAAACUUCUACUUUGGGCUGCGUGUCCAGAUUUUUACCUCAAGUCGCUUUGGCAUCGACCUAAGCACUGUAGUCAAGAGCAGAGGAUCGCCCCGGCUGUAUUUACGUGUUUAGCUUCAGUAAUGAAGACAUUUCAAUUCUCGAGCCGUAUAAGGAUCCUGAGUUUAUUUGGCAACAGCACACCAGGUUCAAUCGUGAUGCACGGAGCCUAAUUCUGGCACCCUAAACACCAGUACCGGAGUUAAGGCUAACGUGACAAUCUCAUGUCGAUUCUACCACACUCUGCGAUCACUCACUGUCGGUACAUUGCCGGCAAUUGUCGACGCCUCAACCCGUUUGCAUCUCACGCUAUUCGCAUAUUAGACUUACGGCAGGCCCGACCACAAGUGAGGGCUCGCACGUUAUAGCACUGCGCCUGCUCUAGUAUGCGGAGGGCCACAAACGGAGAUUACUAAGCCAUUAACCACCACCCUAAUUUCACAGUCUAAAAUUAAAAUAUCUUAGCGGUGGCCAUUACUUACUAGUUACCGCCCUCAGUGGUGGCACGAUUUCGUAUUAUACAAUUUGCGGUAGUCCAAAGGUAACGUUUAAAUUUACAUCACUACAACAGCUGACAAGGUCUUGUCACGAGCAGAUCGCGCUCGAACAAACUGCUGGCACGAGGCUUUAGUUGUAGCCAAACUUAGCUGUAUUCUAUUCACUGUUCAUUGUUUUAUUGUGCACUUUUCUAUUAAUUUCUAACUUUCACGUGUGCGCCUGUUUACAGGUUCAUGAUCACUUUCACUUUACUGUCGUUUUGAACCCAUAUCGUCAACAAAUCUACUGUUACGUGUCGAAUAAAAAUGUUUUAUAUCAAA